AUGACCAACCGCUCUCCCGAUCCGACCGAUGAUGGUGACGAACAGUCUUGCAAUCCCGAUGUAGCCGAUACCGAAGCCAUGGCCUGCCGCCCGCAAUCAAGAUCACGUUCAGCCAGUAGGACAGGCAAUGACCCAGGUGAAUUUGAUUGGAAGCGCAGCAAUACCCGUAACGGGCAUGCGAAGAUGCCCUCACCAGUCACACCGCCAAGCCUGUCCCGCCCGUUUAUGCCGGCCGCUACGACCAUGGCUCUACGGAAGUCAUCGCCUGGGCUGUCCGGACCUAAAGGAAGUCGACGCAACGGCACUGUCUCCAUUCUUGUUCUUUUUACGGCUGGUAUUGGCAUCAUAAUCCUGGCCGCUAUAUUGAAGUCUCUCAUUAGCUAUCAAAUUGAGCCCAAGGGAUGCCGCAUGUCCUAUAUGCGACCUUCGUAUAUCCAUUUUACCGAUUUCGAUACGGAGCAUACUCGUUUUGCGACUAAAUACUCCUUGUUUCUUUACCGCGAACAAGGGGUAGACGAUGAAGCCAAGUUACGUGGCAUACCGGUACUCUUUAUACCCGGCAACGCUGGUAGUUACAAACAGGUUCGACCAAUUGCAGCAGAAGCAGCAACGUACUUCUAUGACACCCUGCAACACGAUGGAGGCUCGGUGGAUUCGGGAGUGCGAAAUUUGGACUUCUUCACCGUCGAUUUUAAUGAAGAUAUUACCGCCUUCCAUGGCCAGACCUUGCUUGACCAGGCAGAGUAUCUCAAUGAAGCAAUCCGAUACAUUCUGUCUCUCUACUCGGAUCCUCAGCGAACCACUCGUGACUCUCACCUACCCGAUCCAACCUCGGUCGUGAUUCUUGGUCACUCAAUGGGUGGUGUCGUUGCUCGUGCAAUGCUCGUGCAGUCAAACUACCAAGCUAAUUCCAUCAACACAAUAAUCACCAUGUCUGCUCCUCAUUCUCGGCCACCAGUUACCUUCGAUGGUCAAAUUGUGCAAAUUUACGACGAGAUCAAUGCCUACUGGAGAGACGCAUACGCACAGAAAUGGGCCAAUAACAAUCCGUUGUGGCAUGUCACCCUCAUUUCUAUUGCAGGAGGAACUUUGGACACGGUUGUACCUUCGGACUAUGCAAGUGUGGAGCCUCUAGUUCCGGAAACUCACGGUUUCACUGUCUUUACCACUGGAAUCCCGACUGUUUGGACGAGCAUGGAUCAUCAAGCCAUCCUUUGGUGCGACCAAUUCCGCAAAGUUGUAGCCAAAGCGUUAUAUGAUGUUGUCGAUUCAAAUCGCGCCUCACAGACCAAACCUCGAGCCCAGAGAAUGCGACUCUUCAGACGACGAUUCUUAUCCGGCCUAGAAGCGGCUACAGAAAAAACGAUAGCCUCGAAGGAUGAAAUCGUUCAGCUUGCCCUAGACGAUGAGUCAAGCCGCAUUGUCCCAGUGGGCGAUCGUUUGAUUCUAGACCGCCUAGGAAACCAACGUGAUCCAGUAGUUCAUCUCUUGCCUAUUCCUCCCCAGGAGACGUCCGUUCCUAAACGGUUUUCGCUAUUGACAGACUCUCCACUAGUGGAUGCAAAGGAGAACGGGCCGCUUGAAGUGCUUGUCUGUACUGUUUCUCCCGGGGAGGUUGACUCAGCUACUAUACACAACUCAUAUUCGGCGACUAUACCGGGAGGUAGUCAGGCAAGACUCGCUUGCAAGAGCACAUCUUCUGAUGUCAUUCUCCUACCAGCUUCCACAGCAUCGACUCAGUAUCCAUUCUAUCUCGAAGGGGAAAACCCAAUCCGCCCAUUUUCGUAUCUUCAAUACGAUUUAGAGGACUUGUCGGAAUAUAAUUUCAUCGCUGUCGUGGAUAGAGCCACCUCACAAACAGCAGGCUUUGUCAUCAGUGAAUUCAGCGACCGGGACGAUAUCCAGAGAGACUUUCCGACGAGCUUUUCGCAUAUCGCAAUGUUUGGCUUGUCAUUCUCCUUACCAUCGGAUCGACCAAUGGCAGCUGAAGUACAAUUUCCGGCCUUAACCUCAAGUCUCCUUGCAUUUCACUUGGACCUGUCCCAGCAUCAAUGUCAGAGCACGCGCCACCUUUUCACGCCAAUGGUCAGGCAGUAUUUGGACAAGCCUUAUGAAUCAAAGUACUUUGUCAAUGCAAAACGUGCACACAUUAGUUUGCAUGGAAUUGCACCCUACGUACCUCCACCGCUGGAACUUAAGAGUACCAACAGCGGUCUGGGGUUUCAAAUCUGGGCAGACCCGUCAUGCGGUAUACUAGAGGCCAAGCUGCGUAUUGAUCUGCUAGGAAGUCUGGGGAAACUGUAUAUGCGUUACAGGACAGUUUUUGCAGCAUUUCCGCUGCUCAUUGUGACCCUGGUCCUGAGGAAGCAAUUUCGUGCCUAUGAUCAAACAGGUAUCUUCAUUCCAUUCUCGGAAGCAUUGGAUCUCUCUCUCCGGCGAUCAAUCCCUCUGCUUCUCGUGUCUUUGACUCUCCUUGCAGUCUCACCAGAAGGCACUUCGAGGGCCAUCCCUAACUUGAUAUGGAGCAAGCGACACUUGAAUGCAUUUCAUAGGAACGAGCUUCUUAUUGGCACCGAAAAUCCUUCAUUUUGCUUGCUUGUUCCCCUCAUCGGACUUGUCUGCAUCGGGGUAUGUGCUGUAUUACACUACAUUGUGCUUGCUCUCACACGAUCACUUGGCAUCUUAUACGCCUUCUUCAGCAAUGCUCCUACAACAGAAACAGCCAGCCACAAAAGAAUUGCGUCGCAGGCCUUGGUGCCCUCAACACCGAGACGGCGAAUGGUUUCUACAGUUGUUCUCCUAUUUCUUGUCUCAACUUUUAUCCCUUAUCAGUUUGCGUAUCUUGUUGCGUGCCUUGUUCAGUUGUUCACAACUGUUCGCGCCCAUCGGAUUUCAAACAUAGCUGAUUCAACGUCGAAUGCGAAUUACUACCGCUAUGUACACUCUAUACUGCUUCUAAUGAUCUGGGUCUUGCCAAUCAACCUACCAAUCCUCGCCGUUUGGAUACGGAAUCUUGCGGUGCAUUGGCUCACGCCUUUUUCCUCACACCACAAUGUCCUGUCCAUUAUGCCUUUCAUUUUGCUGGUAGAAAACUUGACCACUGGUAGAAUGGUACCGCAGGUUACAAGCCGGUUGCGGCAUGUUACGAGUGUCCUUCUGUUCGGCACCGCAUUUUGCGCUGCUGUGUAUGGCGUUUCACACGCCUAUAUGCUACACUACUUGGUUAAUAUCAUUGCUGCAUGGUUGGUUAUUUUGCACUCUACAGCAGAUUCUUGGUCUUUUGCCGGGUUUGGCGCAAUGUUUGAAGGGGGUACGGACGAAAGCCGAAAUCGAAGAAAGACCCCGUAG